AUGAGUGUAGCAGCCGACUUUCACAAGGCGUUUCAGGGCUUUGAAGCAACAACCAAGGCUUCUCUCGAGACUAUUGCUACUGCUGAACAGCUUGAUGUGCUUUCAAAUCAGAUCAAUGCUCAGCAACGGACGCUCAAUGAAACGGUUCAUGCUCUCCCAGCCUAUGAUGUUGGCAGGUAUCAAGACAAGCUAGCUGAAUUUUCUCAGCUUGUAGCCUUUAAGAAGACGGCGAUCAAGCCGAAAUCCAAAUUUUCUUUCAAGAGCGCUCGAAAGGAGACUGUUGCUGUUGCUCAGGACACAGAAGCCUUCGCUGAACCUCUGAAGCAGGUUCCGGUGGCCGAUGUGCCCGGUCUGGUCGCGCUGAAUGGGCUUCGUAGCCAGGAUAUCACAUGUGGAAGGUAUCCGCAGCUUUUGGAUGCAUCCAUCCUCGUCCUUUCAAAUAUCCGCGAAUGCACAAUCGAUCUGACCCGACCACAAGGACCUUACAAGUCCGUCACCUGCCGCAAUGUACAUGCUUGCACGCUCUUCAACCUCGAAGCGAGCACGGCAAUCUUCCUCGAGUCGUGCACUAGCAUUCAGUUGACAGGUACGGCGCAGCAAUGGCGCAUUCACGAGUGCUCUAAUUGCACCAUCCGGUACAUCUGCCGGACUGGCAGGCCUGUCAUUGAGGGUUGCACCGACAUGGGCUUCCUCAAUAUGUCGGAUAAUAGCGAGACUAUGGUUGAUGAUUUUAGCGACCUAUCAGGCACACGACGCAACUGGCGUGUCUUGUGA